AUGAACAGAAGACACAUUCCCAACUUUUUUAGAUUCUUGAAUCUUGUGUGGUGUUUCUCGAUUGUUCUUUUCUUUAUUAACAUUUCCCAAACUUAAUAAAGUUUUCUUUUUUAAUUGAAGUAGAUAAACCCCAUAAGUUGUAGAAGAUGAUCCUGCAACAACUUCAGAAAAAAGCUUUUUCAUUGUAAAAAUUAGCAACAAUUUUAGUGGAAUUACUCUUAUUGUCAUCAACAUUCUUGGAUUUAGAAUUAAUCUCCACCCCAUUGUUUGUUUUUUUUUCACCUUUACAUCUUAAAGAACUUCAACCCUGAAUGAAAGAGUGGUGGGCUCAAGAAUACUUAUCUUGAUAAUAUACUUGCCCCAGUUUUGAAGGUAAAUCCUUUCAACUUGUGUUUUACUGUUCAUUUGAAAAAAAUUGUACAACUUUUACAUUGUUUUGUUGUAAAUUAUAAGGCAUUGAUAGAAAAAAAAAAAAACAACUAUUAAUCCAGCUGAAGUUGGAGACAUUGUUGUUGGAUCAGUGUUGGGACCAAGCUCCCAACGAGCAAGUGAAUGUAGGAUGGUUGUUUUCCAUGCUGACUUUCCUGGCUUCGGAAGGAUCUGUUAUAACAUUUUCCCCCUCUUUGUUAAUAAUAAUGAUAAAAAAAUCCAUUUUGGACUGUUUUGAACAUCUGUUGUGCUUUACUUGCAUCAGGUGAAAACCAUGGCAGACGCCCAAGAUUGUUUUCUUCCAGUGGGAAUCACAUCAGAAAAUAAGAACAAAAGGUGAAGCUCAAAGUAAUAGAAAAAACGAUUUUUUUCACUUUCGAUUUCAUUUAUAUGAUUGAAAUUGAAUAUCAUGUUUGGUUCUUGAAAAUUUAGCUCCAAUAAGUAUGUAUUGUCAUGCCUCUCUAAUCUUAUUUAGUUGUUUUAUUAGUUAUACUUUUCAAUUUUUGUCUGUUUUUUAGUUUUUUUUUUAUGGGUAAAUAGCAAAAAAAACACUCAGUUUACACCAAAAUUCUAAUUUGACACUGUGUUUUACAGUUUGUUGAAAUUCAGACCACUUGACCGGUCAAUCAAGUUACAUGCUGACGUGGAAUUAUGAUGUGUCAGUUUUGAUGAUGUAUCAUGUUGACAUUAUAUGAUGACGUGUC